CAGUUCACUUUUCCUGUCAGUCGCGUCUAAAGGAAAAAAAAAAGGUAGCGAGAGAAGUUUGACUAGCGGUGAGUUUUGCAGCUGAAGAAGUGCAGCAAGCAACACUAUAACACCGAGCCGAGCCGGGCUUGUCCGGCAGCAUUUGAAAAUUUCCACUGUGAAUUGUUUUGCAACAGUAUAUUUAUUGGUGUUAACCAAUGCAACAAGUCCUUUUCAUCUCUGCACAGCGGAGUAAACCAAAACCAAAAUAAAACAGACGCGUUUUUUGCUUUGUGUGGCGACUUCAGUUUGUUUUGCAAACAUCAAAAUGUUACAAUCGGUUUCGAGUGAAACUGGGAGGAAGCUGAAACCUGCUCGGACUCGCUGGGGUGUGAUAUGGUAACUGCUGAAAAAAGAAAAGUCGGGUUGCACCGACACCAACGCGAAAGAAAGCAGAAAGGGUUUGCAGAAAAUAAUUCAAAGAGUGCAACGUGUGCGUUUUGCAAGGCUUUUGUCAUCCCCCAAGACUUGCAAUGAACCAACGUGAUUUUGAGACACGUAAUUCUCAAUUCAGUUAGUUGUGACUUCAGAUCCCAAGGAAAACUACUGAAUUAUUGAAUACUAUUUUAUUCUGAGGUUAUGGUUUUGUUUCUUGUGAAUAUUUGCGCAAUAAAUCCUUUGAGAGGAGAUCACAGUCUGCUUAUGACUUGAAACCGGUGGGCUUUUGUGUCUGCGUGUAUUUAUUUUUUGGCAAGAACGGAAUAACAUUUUUUAAAUAGUUUUGUUACUCUUGGUAGGGGGGAAAAAAAAAGUUAUUUAUUUUAAAAAAUGGGAUCACUGAAGGCCCUUCAAGAAUGGUGUCGCAUCCAAUGUGAAAACUACCCCGAUGUGGAGAUUAAAAACAUGACCUCCUCGUUUCGGGACGGGAUGGCCUUUUGCGCGAUCAUUCACAAGCACAGACCUGACUUGAUAGAUUUUGAUUCCCUUUCUAAAGACAACGUGUAUGAAAACAACAGACUGGCGUUUGAGGUGGCUGAGUCGGAACUCGGAAUCCCAGCUCUGCUGGACCCCGAUGACAUGGUGGCCAUGAAGGUGCCUGAUCGUCUGAGCAUCAUAACCUAUGUGUCUCAAUACUACAACUGCUUCAGCAGCAAGGGACAGGCGUCGGCUCCCCCCUGUAUGAAGAGGCCGAGUGGUGUAGCCCACAGCGAGCCUGCAGUGAAGAAGCCAGUGACAGCGGUGGAGAGAGUGGCUGAGCCCAAGAGCUCCCCUGUCCCAGGGAGUGUCCCGUCCCAUCGAGAGACCCUGAGCAGCACCUGCGCCGCCUGCCAGAAACACGUCCAUCUGGUGCAGAGGUACCUGGCCGAGGGGAAGCUCUACCACCGCAGCUGUUUCAGGUGUAAGGAAUGCUCCAGCACUCUCUUGCCAGGCUCUUACAGAGCCGGCUCUGAAUCGGGCUCCUUUGUCUGCACACAUCACUACGGGAAACCCUCAGCCAAUCAGAACGGCCGGCCGGACCUCAGCCAGCGGGGGGGAGGAGCCACGGCUGAGACCCCGCCCUCUGGGAGGGACCAGGCUCAAGCGUUCUCUGUUCGGAGGCUUUCUGAGCGCUUCUCCGGAGCGCGAGGGACCUACACUCCCCACGCAGUGAAACAGGAGGAGAGGAGAGCGCCGGCACAGGAAGACAAAAGUGCGCCGGUAGAUGGAGACGCAGCCGCAUCGGGACAGGAAGUGAGAACUGAGCCACAGCAGGGAGGCGAAAGUGCGUCAGGAAUGGAAGUCGAGGAGGCGUCCGGACAGGAAGACACGAGUGUGGCGGAACAGGAAGUGAGACCCGAGCCGCCCCAGCAAAACCAAACUGGACCGGGACAGGAAGUCACGACUGUCGCAAAAGAGGAACACAAAACCGUGCCGCGACAGGAAGCGGUUGUACCUCAACAGGAAGUGACCUCCGUCCCGCCCAACCCCUUCGACAGCGAUGAGGGGGAGGAGCCCAGUGCGGGCGUGUCCAACGGGGGCCCUCACUGCAGCCAAUCGGGGGCCGGGGGCGGGGCUGCUAGCAGGCCUGUCCCCACCCCUCGCAGGAUUCCAGAACCCGACAGCCCCUCCCCGGGGCCACGCCCAGUCCCCAAACCCAGGGGGCUGACGGCACAGGAAGUGUCACCAAGAGAGGUGAACGGAGACCCAGAACUGUCCAGUAGAACCAGUCUCAGACCCAGCGACCGGUCCCAGUCCCCAGCUAGGAUAGUCCCGCCCUGGAUGGCUCUGGUCCAAUCGGAACCCAGGAAGAAGCCGGCGCCUCCCCCUCCCACUGGCACAGCCACGCCCUCUCGCUCGUGUUCUAUCCCCGCCCUCAAAGCUGAGGUCUCGGCUCCAGAAACCCCGCCCACCUCCACGAACCCCUUCGAUGAUGAGGAGGGGGAGGAGGAGGCGGGGCCAGGAUGCAACAAGACCACGCCCCCAUCGACAGGGGGAGGAGCUCUGAAGCCAGGACACCCUUGGUAUGGGAUCACCCCUGACAGCAGCCCCAAACCCAAGAAACCCCCAGCUCCCAGAGCCCCGCCCGCUUCACCGGCAGCUCAGACUCGCUCCACCCCCUCCUCCUCCAGCCCCUCCCCUGCCCUCAGUGUGGAGAGCAUGUCCUCCGACGCUUCCUCCAAGUCUCCGCCAGGGGGCAGCGCCUCCCCGGAGUCUCCCGUCACCAAGAGCGUCUCCGAGCCCUCCAUCAGCGGCCCCUCCCACUCUGCCGCUGCCUCGGCUAAUCAAAUGCCUCUCCCCUCCCCCGGACCCGCCCGGCGGCCGAGGUCAGCCAAUACCAGCUCGGCUCCCGCCACUCCUCAGCCCAACCGCAGUUCCAGUCCUACAGGAUGGGGGAGGGAGGGACCUCCCAGACCGCCCUCCACCCCCAGCCCCAUGGCUGUGCUGUUCCCAGCCGAGUCCAGGACACCCCCAAAGCCCCCUGCUCCCUCCACACAGACCCCCAAGCAGCUGGUAAAGAGCUCCUGUAAGGAGAACCCUUUCAACAGGAAAUCGGCCUCCCCUUCUCCAGCCCCCUCCCCUCAACACAAGAGCCCUCGGGGCCCCAAGCCAGCGCGGCCCCCGGCCCCCGGACACGGCUUCCCGCUCAUUAAGAGAAAGGUGCAGUCUGACCAGUAUAUUCCAGCUGAAGAUAUCCAGGUGGAAAUGGAGAGCAUUGAGGUGCAGCUGGAUGAAUUGGAGCACAGAGGGGUUGAGAUGGAGCAGAGACUGAGACAGUGCGAGAGUGAUGAUGCAGAGGAGGGCAUGCUUGUUGAUUGGUUCAAGCUGAUCCAUGAGAAGCACCUGCUGGUGAGGCGGGAGUCGGAGCUCAUGUACACGAGGAAACAGCAGAAUCUAGAGGAGAGACAAGCAGACGUGGAGUAUGAACUGAGGUGCCUGCUGAACAAACCAGAGAAAGACUGGACAGACGAUGACCGAAUGAGGGAGCAGGAGCUGAUGCAGGAGUUGACGACGAUCGUGGAGCAGCGGAAUGCCAUCGUCAACUGCCUGGACGAGGACCGGCAGAGGGAAGAGGAGGAGGAUAAGAUGCUGGAAACCAUGAUCAAAAACAAAGAUUUUCACAAGGAGGGGGACAGCGAGCCCAAGAAGAAAGGCAAGUUCAAGCCCAUGAAGGUGUUCAAGCUGCUGGGGAGCGGAGGCAAGGCUGAGGGCAAGAGCCGGUCUCCCAAAGACAAGAGCAAGCCGGUGAAGAGCUCUCCUUCACAGUAGAGUGAGGGAGAGGGAGGUCUGAUUAACAUCUACGACCAGGGGUCCCUUACUGCUGGGGGGGCACUGCUGUGCAAUAGGAGGCUGAUUCCCAUCCCUGAUCUUUCUGUCUAAAUAUCCCACUGCUACCACCAAUAUACUGCAGCUCUCGCCACUAUAAAAUCAGCUACAAACCUCCAUCAACCAAAGUCUACCUACAGGGAUGGGAAUCAGACGCCCGCUGCACAGCAGUGUGAUCCAGUCCUGGUUUCACUAGGAGUUUAACAAUAAGACACACCUGAGCUUGUUCCCUAGACACACUGAGGGCUGAUCAAGCUGGUAGCAGUAAAACCUGGACUAGAUCACACUGCUCCUGAUAUGUGACCCCAGUAUUCAGGGCUCCCAAUAUUUAGGUGCUGUUCAAUACUGGCUCCACUGACCUUUACAUGACCCUAUACUGUACCCAAUGGGAGAUAUGCAAAUUAGAAAACUAGAAUUGUUAUUUGUCUGGUACCGUGGUUAUAAUGUCGCUCCUUGUUCUUGAUACAGCUAAUGAAUCUCGCACACUGUUGCACUUUUCUCUCUCCUGCUUUGGUUGAGAAGAAGCUCACAGUGUUGUUCAGCAACACAAAGCCACAGCUGUCUCUAACUAAUGUCUUCUACUACUCCACACACACACACACACACUUUUGUGCGGCAUUUUCUGUUCCGAUCGCUGCUUGAACAGUUGAAAGCAAACCCUGUGGUCUCACUGUAGCCCUCUUAUGUGAUCUAAACGCUGGCGUGACCCUCCCUGGCCUCCCCCUACACUCUGCCCCCUAGUGGAUGUCAAAAGUACUGCACGUUACAGCUACUGCCAGAAGUUUUGCGUCACC